AAUGAUUCUCCAAAUCUACUGCUUGAAGGAACGCUAGUGGACGACGUCAUUCUUGAGAAGAUUAGGGAGAUUACUGGGAGAAGUGUGACGAAAGAAGAAGCUACGGACGUCUUCAAAGAGUUACUGACAAAUGUUACCGAUGCAACUGGUCAGUUGGAGCAGAUGAAAGAUGUGCUUCUCCGAUUGUGUGCUAACUACCUCACUUCAAGAAGGCAAAACGGAUUUGCACUCAACCCU